AUGAUCAUCUGGACCAACACUAGCCAGUCCGGCUCUGAAAACGAUUUUACAAACGCUGAUAGAACAGUUCUCCUGUGGGAUACAAAGGAUUUGACGCAAAAAGAACACAAAUCAUUAAGAAUAAACGUAGAAUUUGAUUACGCAACGUUUGUCAAAUGGAGUCCGGAUUCUAAAGCGUUCAUUAUCAACAAAUUCAACGAUAACACACUGGAAGUUUACAAAGUAGAAAAGAAGAAGGACGGUUGGUUAGGACCUGCUGUGAAAGCUGUAACAUUCCCCAAGUUUGUAUAUCUAUUGCACGUAACACAGCCUUUUUUCCUUUUAGAUAGAACAGUUCUCCUGUGGGAUACAAAGGAUUUGACGCAAAAAGAACACAAAUCAUUAAGAAUAAACGUAGAAUUUGAUUACGCAACGUUUGUCAAAUGGAGUCCGGAUUCUAAAGCGUUCAUUAUCAACAAAUUCAACGAUAACACACUGGAAGUUUACAAAGUAGAAAAGAAGAAGGACGGUUGGUUAGGACCUGCUGUGAAAGCUGUAACAUUCCCCAAGGCACAUAAAGAUGACGUGAUAUCAAUUGGCAUCGCGUGUACCGGCAAAUUCAUUAUGACGUGUUCUAACAAGACUGAUAUGGUCGUCUGGGACUUGAAAGGGCAACAGCUGGCCUUAGUCGACACCUACCUUAUGGCCACCUAUUGUGCAAAAAUAACACCCUGUGGGAGAUUUAUUGUUGCUUCAGGUUUUGCGCCGGACGUAAAAGUUUGGGAAGUAGUUUUCAACAAAGCGGGGGAAUUUCAGGAAGUAAAGCGGGCAUUUGAACUUUCCGGUCACACUUCGGGUGUAUACGACGUUGCCUUUGAUGCUGACACGUCACAUAUGGCAACAGUGUCGAAAGAUGGAACCUGGAAGCUUUUUGAUACAAAAGUUGAUUAUAAAAAAGGUGAAGACCCCCAUUUAAUAAUAACAGGAAAAUAUGAACAGGCUAGUAACCCUUCAAGGAUUGCCCUUUCUCCAGAUGCCGAGGUUAUUGCGAUAACAACGUUUGAUUCCCUUACACUUUACAGUACAUCAUCGGGACAAAUGGAUUACACGAUUGAAAACAUUUAUACAGGUCCAAUUACAUCCCUUCUGUUUGACUCUGCCGGCAAAUACGUGUUAACAACAGGCGACAGACAUAUUAGAGUUUUUCAUAAUGUAACAGGCUACCGUUGCCAAGUUGCUUCAGCCAAAGAAAAAUUAAAACAGAACCAGACCUCGGCCACAAGAGAAAGACUUGAAAAAAUAAUAUCGGAUAACGAAAGCUUUCUUAAUAACAUAGAAAAAAAAACUGCCAUCAAAUAAUAAUUGUAAAUACUUUUGUAUUCCUAACGUACCAAAGGAAGUUUAAUGUUAAAAUGAUUUCCCUUGGUAAGAGAAAAACGUUCAAUUUAUGGUUUCCAGUGAAAAAAUAAUAAAUUCUUUUUCAUAAAUA